AUGCAAAUUUUGUUGUCUGUGGGCAGAUGCUCAAUUUGUCUUGCAGAAUAUCGCCAGAGUGACAUCCUGCGCAUCCUUCCAUACUGUGGACACUCUUUCCAUGUCACCUGUAUCGACAUAUGGCUGAAGCAGCACUCCACAUGUCCUGUAUGCCGAAUACCACUGCACGAGUUCCUCGAGAGAAAACGAGCGAUGCAGCAGCCAUUGUUCAGCUCAGCCAUCCGAUCCCAGGACAGCAGGGCAGAGGUGGGUUUCGAAGUCCAUCCUUACAGCUGUUUGUAUAUUGAACAUGGGUUUUCAUCGAGGCAGCACAAUGACAGCAGUGAGACUGAGUCAAACACCAACAACAACAACGACGACGAGAGCCACCAGGCCUCUGACCGCGAUGAAGCCAAAGCUGGGGAGAGUCUGUCCCUAUUGGUGGAGGGGAAAUGUGAAUCUAAAGACUUGGGAAGCAAGCAUGCAGAGAGCCCAUCAAAUCCUUGA